GCGGCCAAAAUAAAACAAGAGUGUAUGAAGCCGACUGCUCUGACCCAGCGUGUGUGUGGCAGAGUGUUAGCCUGAAUGGGUGGGUGUGCCGACAGCAGCUGACAGAAGUGAUUUCAACUGUUUCUCCAGUUUUAAAAGAUAAAAACGCUUCAGAAUCCGGAUAAUCACAAAGAACAGCGAUGCCCUGUGUACAAGCCCAGUAUGCAUCUCUGCCCUAUGACAACUUCUUCAGCUCCGAGCUCUUAAACCCUGACCUCAGUGCCAAACUGGCGAUGGAAAUCUCUGGCCAAAAGGACCAGCUGUCAUCAUCCUCAUUGCCUAGCAUCAACACCUUGAUGGGAAAUGGUUACAUUGGGGAGUUUGACGCUUACUCCUGCAAGGUUACCACUUCCCCUCUUGCCUCUGCAGCUUCUUACAGCCAUGCUGCUGCAGCCGAAAGCCCUAGCCCACAGAUGCAGAACCAAGCCUUCAGGCUGGAUGAUCUUCAAGUGUAUGGCUGCUACCCAGGAUCCUUUUCUCUCAGCUGUCUUGAAGAAACACACUCGUCAUGUGGAUCUGAUUAUUAUGGAAGCCCCAUCUACGGCGCUGGUUCUCCUCCGACACCAGGCUUUCAGACCGAGUCUGCAGCUGUCUGGGAUUCCCCUUUCAGCCCCUUCCCCCCAGCCCUCCCCUCCUCUGUUGAGAAGGCCACCAUGGCGCAGCAGUUUUCAUUUUUUACCUUCAGCAAUGCACAGGAGCAGCACUCUCCUCUGGGUCAACACCAGGAUCCACCAUCUUGUCAAGAAGAUGGCUUCUUUCAUCUCUCACAACAUCAGCAUGUUUCCCCACUUCACUGCCCCCCCCUGUCCCUGGACCAUGGACCGAGAGCACUGGAGGGGGCUAUGAUGUCUCAGAAAACCCCCAGCCUCGGAUCCAGUGAGGGUCGCUGUGCAGUUUGUGGCGACAACGCAUCCUGCCAGCACUACGGAGUCCGAACCUGUGAGGGAUGCAAAGGUUUCUUCAAGCGAACUGUGCAGAAAAAUGCAAAGUAUGUGUGCCUCACCAAUAAAGACUGCCCGGUGGAUAAGAGGAGGAGAAACCGAUGCCAGUUCUGCCGUUUCCAGAAGUGUCUUGCUGUGGGAAUGGUCAAAGAAGUUGUUCGCACAGACAGCCUCAAAGGUCGCAGAGGUCGCCUACCGUCUAAACCCAAGACCACGGUUGAGCCUUCGUCAACAACUCCCAGCGUGAACAUCAUCGCUUCUCUCAUCAGGGCUCAUUUGGACUCUGACCCGGGCAUCGAACAGCUCGACUACUCCAAGUACCAGGAGAGGUCAGACAGUCUGAAAGAAAAGGAGGACGCCGGUGACAUCCAGCAGUUCUACGACCUGCUGACCAGUGCCUUGGACGUAAUAAGAAACUGGGCUCAAACCAUCCCAGGAUUCACGGACUUCUGUGCAGAGGACCAGGAGCUUCUUCUUGAGUCCGCCUUUGUGGAGCUCUUCAUUCUUCGUGUUGCAUACAGGUCGAAGCCAGAGAAGAACAAGCUGAUCUUCUGCAACGGCCUGGUCCUCCACCGGCAGCAGUGCACCAACAGUUUUGGUAACUGGAUCGACUCCAUCAUGGAUUUUUCUCAGAGUCUUCAACGGAUGAACUUAGACAACUCGCUGUUCGCCUGUCUUUCAGCCUUUGUCAUCAUCACCGAUCGCCAUGGCCUGAAGGAGCCCAAAAGAGUAGAGGACUUUCAGAGCAACCUCAUCAGCUGUUUAAGGGAACACAUGAGUGGAAUUGGAUCGGAAGGGGUACGGACGCAACCCAACUACCUGUCCCGUCUGCUGGGCAAGCUCCCAGAGCUGAGGACUCUGUGCACUCAGGGCCGGCAGCGCAUCUUUUACUUGAAACUGGAAGACUUGGUUCCUCCUCCUCCGAUUGUGGAGAAAAUCUUCAUGGAUACACUUCCCUUUUAAAAUAAAAAACUGUGACAAACAGCAGAAGCAAACGAAGCGAGAUGGCAGCAUUAAGAAGAACGGUUGUCCACGUCAGGCACUGACUGGUGGGCUGCCGUGCAUGAUAUUCUCUAAGAGACCAUCAUUUUUUUACUAUUGCAUUUUGAAAGUGAUUAUGAUACGUUUCAUGGCACUAAAAGGGAUUGACAUCAGUGCCGAAACUAUAUCAGCAUAUUUUUGGUAUGUUUUCUGUGAUUUGUAAAUUUACUUUGUUUCUAAGGUAGAUGUGUUAACGUUAUUGUGCUCUGCAGCUUUUAAGAUCUGAAUUUCUUGGAAGACGGCAAUGCGGUGCUCCAGCGUACUCGGAAACACUAAUUUCUUAAGAGACUGGUUCUAGAUCCCACUCUGAAGCUAAAACUUUAGCUAUAGCACAGAUAUAUUUCCUUAUACAUUUCAUAAAUUAUAAUUCUAUUUGUGCUUUCUUGGAAGGUUAUGGACCAAAAUUUAGCAAAGUUUUUAUUUUGAUACAAUCAUUUAUGAACCUUCUCGCCUUAAGAUAAAUAAAAAGGUCUGUGCUGCCUUUUUGGAGCAGCUUGCUAAAGCAGAUACUGCUGGUAAACUCCUUUCACAGUUCCUGCAACAUGUUUGUGCUUUAACGGUGAAGCUAGAUGAUGUACAGGUUAUAAAUACAAAGUGCCUUUAUAAGCCUUUAACCUCUAACUAACAUAAUAUGCCCCCAUUCACGAUGGACAUAAAAUAAAAUGAGUAUUGUUCAACACCCUUCACAAUUAUUGGCACCUCAAGAUCUAUGAAAAAGCCUUAAAUUAAAUUAUUGUUACAGUUUGUGACCUCAAGAUACAUUUCUUUGUUAAACUUCUUUAACAUUAACAUUCAUAUGUCUUUCUUGAUUUUCCCAUUUUGAUUAAUUUGUCUGAAAGGAAUGAGUCCCUGUUACGUCACCAUAGAGAAGCAUAAAGUCAUGAUUUAAUGCUAACUAAAUGUUUCUACACAUACUAAUUAAUUUGAAAGCAUGAAUUGUAAAUUGAAAACACUUAAUUUCUGUUUUAGAACGGUUAUUAGGCAUGCCAUUAAAUGUGGAGGGUUCAGUGUGUCAGAGCUCCUUGUGAUGUGACGCGGCCGAGGCGUGUGUUCAUUCUGCAGCGACACGGUUCCUGAGUGAUGAAAUGUCUGAGAGAAUAUAAUCCCGUUCACAUUCUCUUGAGGUAAUGAAUGUUAAAAGUGCAACUCCAUCUGAGAUUAAAAUAGAUCCAAGCAGACGUCUUCUUGUCGCAACAAUAGAAUCCAUCUUGUUCUCGGUACAUUUUACAUGCACAUCAUGUUUAAGAACAUCUUAAAAGCCUCAUCUUGUAUUUCAGUUUAUUACAUAUUGAAUGUAGUUCUUGUCUUUUCUUUUAAUCUUGUGGACUCGCAUGGAAAUGUGACGACAGGAUGAGCAGCUAUAAAGACAAACGUUCAUACAGAACGAGCGGUUCUUCUCUUACAGUUUGGUUUGUGAUUGGGUGUGUGUGCUCAGUGGAAAUGUUGCCAUAGCGUUUGUUAAAUGGGGCAAAAAUCCCAAAAGUCAGUCUCAUUUCUUUUUAAAUAAUUGUUCAAGAGAUUAUAUUUUGUGCGUCAUGUUGAUAAAAAUGUUUUUAACCUUG